AUGUCCUGUUGUCCUGCUGCUAAUUUCCUGGGAGAAGAGCUCUCCUCCACGCCGCCCCUCAGCGCCCUGGGACGCCUGGCAGAGGCGGCCGUGGCGGAGAAAAGAGCCAUCUCGCCCUCCAUCAAGGAGCCGUCUGUCAUCCCCAUCGAAGUCAUCCCCACGGUGCUGUUGGAUGAGAUUGAGGCAGCAGAGGCAGAAGGCAAUGAUGACCGCAUUGAGGGAGUGCUGUGUGGAGCUGUGAAGCAGCUGAAGAUGAACAGAGCCAAACCUGACACCACUCUGUACCUGAGCCUUAUGUACCUGGCAAAAAUCAAACCAAACAUAUUUGCCACCGAAGGGGUUAUCGAGGCACUGUGCAGCCUACUCCGAAGAGAUGCCUCCAUCAAUUUCAAAGCCAAAGGGAAUAGUCUUGUGUCUGUCUUGGCAUGCAACCUUCUCAUGGCAGCUUAUGAAGAGGAUGAGAACUGGCCAGAGAUCUUUGUCAAGGUGUACAUUGAGGACUCCCUUGGGGAGCGCAUCUGGGUGGACAGCCCUCACUGCAAGACAUUUGUGGAUAACAUCCAGACAGCUUUUAACACAAAGAUGCCUCCUAAGACCAUGCUCUUGCAUGGAGAAGUUGGACGUAGUGGAGGGGACCUUAGUGCUGGGAGUAGCCCACACCCUUCCAUGACAGAGGAGGAGGACAGCCAGAGUGAGCUGCUGAUUGCAGAGGAGAAAAUGAGUCCAGAGCAGGCGGGCCAGCUCAUGCCCAGGUAUGAAGACCUUGCAGAGAGUGUGGAGGAAUAUGUCCUAGACAUGCUUCGGGACCAGCUGAACCGGCGCCAGCCCAUGGACAAUGUCUCCAGGAACCUCCUCCGGCUGCUGACAGCCACCUGUGGCUACAAAGAGGUGCGUCAGAUGGCUGUGCAGAGGCUGGAGAUGUGGCUGCAGAAUCCAAAGCUGACCAAACCAGCUCAGGACUUGCUGAUGUCAGUCUGUAUGAACUGUAACACCCACAGCUCAGAGGACAUGGAAGUUGUGGUUUUAAAUGCCAGCUUGGGGCAUGGAGUGUCUUGUGUAUCCCUGGUCUUCCCUUGCAGAGAGCUGCUGAAUGCACACAGGGAUAACCUGGGCACCACCAUUAAGUUUGUGAUUUUCAAUGAACUAUCAAAUGCAAGAAAUCCCAACAACAUGCAGAUCCUGUAUACUGUGCUUCAGCACAGCUCAGAGCAAGCUCCCAAGUACCUGGCAAUGGUGUUCCAGGACCUGCUGACCACCAAGGAUGAUUACCUGCGAGCUUCACGGGCUCUGCUGAGAGAGAUCAUCAAACAGACAAAACACGAGAUCAACUUCCAGGCCUUCUGUCUGGGUCUCAUGCAGGAACGGAAGGAGGCCCUGUAUGCAGAGAUGGAAUUCAAGGAGCGGUUUGUCAUCCACAUAACUGACCUGCUAGCUGUCUCCAUGAUGCUUGGUAUCACAGCCCAGGUGAAGGAGGCAGGAAUUGCUUGGGACAAAGGAGAGAAAAAGAACCUGGAAGUGCUGCGCUCUUUCCAGAACCAAAUUGCUGCUAUCCAACGUGAUGCUGUCUGGUGGCUGCACACAGUUGUUCCAUCUAUCAGCAAACUAGCUCCAAAGGACUAUGUGCACUGCCUCCACAAGGUGCUCUUCACAGAACAGCCAGAAACCUACUACAAAUGGGACAACUGGCCCCCUGAGAGUGACCGCAACUUCUUCCUUCGCCUGUGCUCGGAGGUGCCCAUCCUGGAGGACACCCUGAUGCGCAUCCUUGUGAUCGGAUUGUCGCGGGACCUGCCCCUGGGCCCCGCCGAUGCCAUGGAGCUCGCCGACCACUUGGUGAAGAGGGCUGCAGCUGUGCAAGCAGAUGAUGUUGAGGUCCUGAGGGUAGAAAGAAUCCAGCUGAUCGAUGCAGUCUUAAAUCUGUGCACUUAUCACCAUCCAGAGAAUAUCCAGCUACCUCCAGGGUACCAGCCUCCAAAUCUAGCUAUUUCUACUCUCUACUGGAAAGCCUGGCCUCUCCUGCUUGUAGUGGCUGCGUUCAAUCCUGAAAAUAUUGGUCUGGCUGCAUGGGAGGAGUACCCCUCUCUAAAGAUGCUCAUGGAAAUGGUCAUGACCAAUAAUUAUUCCUAUCCUCAAUGUACCUUGACGGAUGAGGAGACACGCACAGAGAUGAUUAAUCGUGAACUUCAAAUCUCCCAGAGAGAAAAACAGGAGAUUCUUGCAUUUGAGGGUCAUCUGGCAGCUGCAUCCACAAAACAAACAAUUACAGAAAGCAGCAGCCUCUUGCUGUCCCAGCUGACAAGUCUGGACCCUCAGGGCCCCCCUCGCAGACCUCCACCACAUGUCCUGGAGCAGGUGAAAAGCCUGAACCAGUCUCUUCGCUUGGGCCACCUUCUGUGUCGCAGUCGCCAUCCUGACUUUCUUCUCAACAUCAUUCAAAGACAGGCCUCAUCACAGUCAAUGCCAUGGCUGGCAGAUCUGGUUCAGUCCAGCGAGGGCUCCUUGGAUGUCCUGCCCGUGCAGUGUCUUUGUGAGUUCUUGCUUCAUGAUGCUGCUGAUGAAUCGACCUCAGGUGAGGAAGAAGAGGAGGGUGAGAGUAAGGACCAGCGUGCCAAGAAACGCCAGAGACAGCAGAAACAAAGGCAGUUGCUUGGACGCUUGCAAGACUUGCUGUUGGGACCCAAAGCAGAUGAACAGACAACCUGUGAGGUGCUUGACUACUUCCUGCGGCGCCUGAGUUCCUCCCAGGUGGCUUCCCGGGUCCUGGCCAUGAAGGGCCUGUCCUUAGUGCUGUCGGAAGGAGGAAUGCGUGAUGGGGAGGAGAAGGAUCACCCCAUGGAAGAAGACUCUGGUGAUUCUGAGCUGCUGCAGGGAUAUCAGUGGCUGCUGAGAGACCUCCCGAGGCUGCCACUGUUUGACAGUGUGAGAGCCACAACAGCUCUGGCCUUGCAGCAGGCCAUCCACAUGGAGACAGAUCCCCAGACCAUCAGUGCUUACCUGGUGUACCUCUCCCAGCAUGCCCCAGUGGAGGAGCAGGGGCAGCACAAUGACCUUGCUCUGGAUGUUGCCCGUCUGAUCGUGGAGCGCUCCACCAUCAUGUCCCACCUGUUCUCCAAGCUCUCCUACAGUGCUGAGUCAGAUGCAGUGCUCGUGGCUCUGCUCUCCAUCUUCUCCCGCUACAUCAAGCGCAUGCGGCAGAGCAAGGAGGGCGAGGAGGUGUACAGCUGGUCAGAGUCCCAGGAUCAGGUGUUCCUUCGUUGGACUAGUGGGGAAACAGCCACCAUGCACAUCCUUGUGGUCCAUGCCAUGGUUAUUCUCCUGACACUGGGGCCACCUCAAGGGGAUGGUGAUUUUUAUACCUUACUGGAUAUAUGGUUCCCGGAGAAAAAGCCCCUUCCUACUGCUUUUCUGGUUGACACCUCUGAGGAGGCUCUGCUGCUCCCUGACUGGUUGAAGCUGCGGAUGAUCCGCUCCGAGGUCCCGCGUCUCGUUGAUGCAGCCCUGCAGGACCUGGAGCCACAGCAGCUGCUUCUCUUUGUUCAGUCCUUUGGAAUCCCAGUUUCCAGCAUGAGCAAACUUCUUCAGUACCUGGAUCAGGCAGUAUCUCAUGACCCACAGACACUGGAGCAGAACAUCAUGGACAAGAACUACAUGGCUCAUCUUGUGGAGGUUCAACAUGAGAGAGGAGCAACAGGAGGCCAAACUUUCCACUCCCUGCUUACUGCCUCCUUACCAGCCCGCCGAGACAGCGCUGAGACUGCAAGGUCAAAAUCUAGUCCUGAAAACUCUCAGAGUCAGAGUCGGAUCCGGGCCUUGAGCCAGGUCCGUGUUCUGGGCCCAGAAGAUGAUCUGGCAGGCAUCUUUCUGCAGCUUUUCCCACUGACCCCAGACCCGCGGUGGCAGAACUCCAGCCUGCGGCCGCUGGCCCUGGCACUGCAGCAGGCGCUGGGGCAGGAGCUGGCUCACAUCCGCCAAGGGGCCACGGCCAGCGGGACCGCAGGGAGCGGAGCCACGGACAGCGGGAUCAAGGACAGCGGGAUCAAGGACAGUGGGAUCACAGACAGUGGGAUCACAGACAGUGGGAUCACAGACAGUGGGAUCACUGCACGGGUGCUGCAGGCCUUGGCUGCACUGCUCAACUCCACACACAGCGGCGCCCUGGUCAUGGCCAUGCAUCGCCACCACUUCAUCUCCUGCCCGCUCAUGCGCCAGCUCUACCAGUACCACCGCUCCAUGCCACAGGACACUGCCUUCUCCUCGCUCUUCUUCAAAGUGCUCAUGCAGAUGCUGCAGUGGUUGGAGAACCCCGCGGUGGAAGAUGGUCCCCUGCGAGCUCAGCUGAAGGCCUUUGCUGUGCAAUACUCCUCAAGGCACAGGAUCAGUGAUGUUCGAGGUGGCUUCUUGCACCUCGCAGAAGCUCUUUCUUUCCGUCGUGACCCUGACUUGAUCAGCUCCACGGUCUGUGCCAUCAUUGCAACCCUGAAAUCAGGAGAGAAGUGUAAUGUGGAGCCAGAGCUCAUCAGCAAAGUCCUUCAAGGUCUGAUUGAAACCCACUCUCCAUACCUGGAGGAGCUCCUGACUGUCCUCUUCUCAGCUACUGUUGAGACCACUGCCAGGUGUCCUGCCAUGAAACCAAUUGCUGUGGUGUGCUCCUUGUUGCUCCAGGACAAAGAAGAAACACCAGUAAAGAAGGAGGUGGAGAGUUGCAGUGCUGAAUCAGCUUGGCCAGGGCCUGCCUCUGGCCUUCUCAAUGACUGGCUGGAGAUGUUGGACCCAGAGGUCAUCAGCAGCUGCCCUGAUCUACAGCAGAAGCUACUGUUCUCCUGGAACAAAGCAGGGUCCCAGGUGCCCUCCUUCCGCCCCUACCUCUUGGCUCUUCUGACUCACCAAUCCAGCUGGACCACACUGCACCAGUGCAUCAGGCUUCUACUUGGCAGGAACAGGGAGCAAAGAUUUGACCCAACUGCAUCCUUGGAUUUCUUGUGGGCCUGUAUUCACAUUCCUCGGAUCUGGCAGGGAAGGGACCAGAGAACUCCUCAGAAGCGCCGUGAGGAAUUCGUGCUCCACCUGAAGGCAUCAGAACUGAUCAGCAUGGUGGAGCUGAUCCUGGCUGAAGCAGAGACCAGAUACCAGAAUACUGACGAGGCUUCCUGCACACUCAUCCAGUCCCGACUGCCGUUGUUGCUCAGUUGUUCUCACGGAGACCUUGAGAACGUCAAAAAAGUAACAGAAUAUUUGACCAGCUGCAUCCAGCAGUGGGGAAGCAGCUCUGUGGGGAAAUGCUGCCAGGACCUUCUGCUGCAGAUAUACCUGCAACUACCUGAGCUCCUUGUGCCUAUGCCUGAGAUGCUUCUUACCAGUGAAGGAGCCAGAGACAGCAGCACUUGCAAGCUUGAUGCCCUGGUUCACAGAUUCAUUAACCUCCUCGCAGACACCAGUGACUCCAAGUCAUCCGAAAGCCGCGUGUGGGAUGCCAAUAUGGCCUGCAGGAAGUUGGCUGUGGCUCAUCCCAUCCUCCUCCUUAGGCACUUGCCAAUGAUUGCAGCACUGCUGCACGGCCGUGUUCACCUCAAUUUCCAGGAGUUCAGGCAGCAGAACCACUUGACCUUCUUUAUCCACGUCCUGGGGAUCCUGGAGCUGCUCCAGCCGCAGGUCUUCCAGAAUGAGCACCAGGCGGCACUCUGGGACUGUCUCCUGUCCUUCAUCCGUCUGCUGCUGAACUACAGAAAAUCCUCACGGCACCUGGCUGCCUUCAUCAGCAAGUUUGUCCAGUUUAUCCACAAGUACAUCACGUGCAAUGCCCAGGCAGCUGUCUCCUUCUUGCAGAAGCACUCAGAUCCACUCCAUGACCUGUCAUCAGACAACAGUGACCUAGCAAUGCUGAAGUCCCUCCUGGCUGGGCUGAGUCUGCCUAGUAAGAGUGGCAUCUUGGACAGGGGCUCUGAUGAAGAGAAGGAUGAUGAAGCAGCUGCUGGCUCUCUCCCCCUGGUCAGCGUGUCCCUCUUCACUCCCCUCACACCAGCUGAAAUGGCCCCGUAUAUGAAGAGGCUCUCCAGAGGCCAAACAGUGGAGGACAUCCUGGAGGUGCUGACAGACAUUGAUGAGAUGUCCAGACGGAGGCCAGAAAUUCUUGCCUUUUUUGCUACCAACCUACAGAAGCUGAUGAGUUCAUCAGAGGAUUCCUGCCGAAACCUGGCCUUCAGCCUGGCUUUGCGCUCCAUCCAGAACAACCCCAGCAUUGCUGCAGAUUUCCUGCCCACCUACAUGUACUGCCUCGGCAGCCGAGACUUCGAGGUGGUGCAGACAGCGCUGAGGAACCUGCCUGAAUACACCCUCCUCUGCCAAGAGCACGCAGCAGUGUUGCUGCACAGGGCCUUCCUGGUGGGCAUGUACGGCCAGAUUGACACCAGCUCUCAGAUCUCAGAGGCCUUGAAGAUUCUGCACAUGGAGGCCAUGAUAUGAGCAUGUGCUUCUGGGAGUUCCACUUCCAGAGGAAUUAAUUUAAUGGAUUCAUUAGCUGCAUACAGCCCUGUAAGAAGAACAGUGUAUUGCAACCCAUGUGCUGGAGGAUCAAAGAGGUGAUGUGGCAGGCCAGACUGUGCUGGAAAAGAAGAAGGUGCUGACUGAAGAUCAGAAAGGGGCAAGGAUCGAUCUGGCUGGCUAAGAUGCCAUUAUUGUGGGAGAAAAAUCUCCUGAACAUUGUGCCAAACAGGGACCACUUCCUUCAUGGGGUCUUGGGGCAGUGGCUGUCAGUUUGUUGUUUGGGGCUUUUUGUGUCUCCAAGAAGACAGAGGUGCUGGGAGAGCAGAAGGGAGUGAGUGAUGGCCCUUGCACUUGAAGUGUCUGCACUCUCUGUGGUGGAGAGAACAUGCAGAUUUGUGCAGGGGGAGAGACCACUUUGGUUUCUGGGGGUGGGUGUUUUUUUUUAUUUUAUAAUUAAAAUUAUCUUUGUUUCCAUUGUGCCUUUCUCUGCUCCCUUGGGCAUAGUUUGACAUCAUUCUCCCCCUGUUCUUCAGUCUGUUGUUAUUCUAGACAAAGCAUCUCUGGAAGACCUGUCUCCAUGGCCAAGUGCUCACAGAGCUGUCUUGGUCUUUUACAGGAUAUGCAAGAAACUGAGCAGAUUUGGAAGGGUCAGUGGAGUACAGUGGAUGAGUUGGAUUGAGAGGUUCCUUGGAAAAUUUUUGUUUAAAAACAAAUAAAACAAACUUCUUGAUACAUCUGUAACCAUUCCAGCAGCUGGCCACUGUCAGAACUUUGAACAAGCAGCUGGGAUCUGCCAGUUCCUCCCGGUGACUCUUCUGACCACUGCUCUCUGGUCCUUGCCUGCUGAUAGGGGUGAUGGUUUAUUUGCCAGCUGUCAUUUGAGGACAGGAAAUCUUCCUUUCCCCUGCUCCAGAGAAAUUACUGCUCCAUGUGCUUGUUCUCCAGCUUCACUUAAUUUUAAUCACCAGUUUGUUCUCAAUCACCAUUUGUCUCUAUUCCUCUGGUGCUCCAGAGAAACACUGUAAUAUAGCAAAGACAAAUAUCCUGGAGGAAUUUUAUCUAUAUCUCCUUGCUGGUGGCAGGGACAAUUGUGACCUCAUAGGUGGCUGGGUGGGGAAAUACUGUCUGUGCUUGCACAUGGGGAAUACCACAGCUGAGCACUUUAGCUAGUGUGUCAAAAUAGGAAUGAAUUUCCAGCUUUCUUUGCAGAGAAAUGGAGAAGAAAAGGAGGAGAACUGAACCUCCCAUCAGCUCUAAGUAGCCUUGUCUUUAAACAGAGAUUAGAGCCAUCAGUUAUGGAUACAACACGCUCUUUUCCUCAGCAGCAUCUGCUUUGCAUCCAGAGCCACUACUGUGGCAAUUAGCUCCAUAUAAAUUAUGUGGAGGAACAGCUGAAGGAGAUCAAGUCAGUGGAAUGGGUUUCCUGAGGGGCUCAGUGACAGCAGGAUUAACGCCUGUCCAAGGGGAGCCAGUAAUCUCACUGGGAACCCUUACCUUAGUCCCUUAUCACACAUCAUUAAGGCAUUGCUCAGUUUGUCAGAGCAGGGAGGUAGUUCUGUUGGUGCUGCUGUGGGCCUGGAGCAGCUGGAAACUUGUGGGACUUCCUGGAAAAGGGCUUUUAAGGACUUUGAGUCAAGGAGCAAGGAAGAUGUCUCAAGACUGUUAUUGUGCAAAGACAGUGAGUCAAACACGAUAGCUGUGCUUUGGUGAAGAUCCUCCGCAGCUGGGGCUUUCCAGAAAUUCCACUCUGGGGCUGCAACUACAAACAUUUACAGGCAAAACCAAACAAUGUGGUUGGUAGCAAAUUGUCCUGUGUCUGCUUUGCAAUGCCUGUGGUGAGCAGAUCUGCUCCAGGAUGCCUGGGUCACAGGAGCAGGGCACACUUGGAUGUUGGCAGAACUACUUCAUGACCCCUCAGUCCAGAGCAGACAGGCUUUGCAGAGCUGCGUGGAAAGAGAUGUGUCUGGGAAGCUGGAAUGAUCAUCUCUUUAGCAGCAGCAGCAGCAAUCACCUUUUGGGAGAUCAGGAAAUGAAGUCAAAUGGAGAUGAUGUGGGUGGAAGUUACUUUGCAGAACUGAGACUUCCCAUAGAUCUCCCAGUACAAAAAUCAUCAUCUGUGAUUUGUUGAUCUCUCAUUUUUGCUGUGCUGAAGGUUCCCACAAUGCAUUUUCUCUGCUGCCAUCCUCUGCUUGGACCCAGUGGAGCUAAGCAGGCUGUCUUGGCUUGAAGCACAUCGUCAAAACCAGAUCAGUGCUGAAAACAGGGCUGUCAGAGGGUGCCUGGCUGUGUGGAGACAGCUCAGGGCAGGAGCCCAUCCCUGCUGUCAGGGAAGGCAGCCGUGACAGCUCUCAGAAGGUUGGUGACAGUGGUAUGAUGCCCUGACACUUGCCUGCCUGUAAUCUGUGCUCUGUAACUUCCAUCUCUGCCUGGCUGAGCACCUCCUCUCCUCCCACCCUGGCUCAGCUGACAGUGUCACCCUUCACAGCUCUCCCAGGCUCCUCCUGGGGCUGGGGCCAUCUUCUGUGUCUUCAGGAGCUUGUGCCUUGACCAGAGGAGGAGUGUGAGGAGGUUUGCAGGGUCUGUCCUGGCCAUGCCCAUGGGACUAGUGCAAGUCACUGCUUCCAUCUGCCUCACAGGCAGUGCAUCCCAAACUGGUGCAAAAUGCUUGUUUGGAUCCUUUCUAGCGAGAGCUUUCUAAAGAGCACUGGGCUGCCAGAGCUGGUGUCUGGGGCUGGGGAAUGUAUUUAACACUGACUCAUGGGGAGGCUUUUUGUCUUCUCAGAUACACUGGGAAUCCCUUGCCAGCUGUAGGGGGAGGCAUGACGGGGAAGAGAAAACUGCCCAGAGGUUUGUUUCUCAUCCUGUGGCUGCAUCCAGCUCUUGUCCAGCAUGCACAUGAUGGACCAUCACUGCUUGGCUGGGCACAAAUGGACAUUUCUAACCUGGCCAUACCACACAUUUGCCAGGCCCUGUGUGGCUGGAAUUGUGGCCCCUCACAUGUGCCAAUGCCCUGGAGGUUUGUGGCUUUUUGACACAGCUCUGGGCAAGGUUAUGCAUCCCAGGAACUGUGAGGGGUGUCCUGGAGCAGCGUGUAAAUUUGGUCAUGAGCAGGGCAUGACUAACCAGGGAGGUGCUUGCCUGUUCCUGACUCAGUGGCCACUGCCUCUGGGACAUGCUUGGCACCAGGAUGCUGGAUGAGUCCCAACACUAAGCUCAGAGGAAAAUCUGCCCAACCUGCUGUGCCAACAGUGGAAGAGCAGGGAAAGGUGUGCAGGUAACAGCCACCAACUGGGACUUCAUGGCUAAAGUCUGAUGUUGUGCCAGCUGUGGGAAAUGAAAAAGGGUAAAGAGAAGCCACACCUUGCAAGGAGCAGCAGGCAAGAAGUCUUGCGCAAAAUAAAAAAGAAGAGGCAAACUCUGUCUCCAUUA